GGUGGGCAGCUGACCGCCCAGCAGGUGGGCAGGGCUCGUUUAACCCUGGGGUCCACAGGAAUAACCCGCAGACUGCAGCAGCUGGCUGUCACCUCACCAGCACUCACAAGUGUCUUCUGCCACUAUGGAGAAGAGGGUGGCCCAAGCCUGUAAUCCCAACUCCUGGGAGGCCGAGGCCGGAAGAUCCAGGAGUUCAAGGCCAGCCUGGGCUGCAUGGGGAGCACUUGUCUGAAAACGCCACCAACAAAACCAAAAAGAACAAUCUACAUGUUCAUUAGUAACUUUUUAUUUUACCAAGAUCUCCCUCCGCUUUUUAAAGUUGAGCCAGGGCCUCACUCCACGGUUCAGGGAGCCUGGAACUUUGCGGCUUAGACUAGUUUCAAGCUCCCAGUCCUCCUGCCUCGGCGUCCCUCCACUGGGACUGCAGGCCUGUGUUAGCAGGCCUGUGUUAGCACGCCUGCAGGAGUCUCACCGUGGAAGCAGCUUCAUCACCUGUCUUCUGACCUGAUAUUACACCUUUUUCCCUCGCAUCAGUAAUUAUUUUUGAAACACCAUUAAGUUUCUUUCUAACAGUAGAACUUAAUUUUUUAUUACCUUUAUCGAUUCAUGUAUGUGAAGGUCAGAGCCUAAGCUGAGAGCUGUUUCUCGUCAUCCUGUGGAUAGAGCUCAGGCCCUCAGCUUGGCAGUGUUCUUUCUCGGUGCUGACUGAGUCUGUUUUCCUGUGGUGCUGAAGAUGCAGCCCAGAGCCUGUGUGCACAGCCUGCGAGCCACAGCCUCCACCUCGGGCUUCCUUUCCAUUCUCUUACUGAGGUGCAAACUCUCUCUGCCCAGUGCAUGGCUCCCGUGCUGUGCACCCUGGGCCAUCUGGCUCCUGUCUUGUGGGACCCCUGUGUGGUGUUUCAGAACUUCAGGCAGGGCAGGUUAGCUGCCCAAACACUUGGCUAGCACGCACAAAGCCCUGGAUUCCAUCCCCAGCCCUGUGUAAACUAACCUGGUGGAAGCAGCCAUGACUGCAGAGCUCGGAGGUGGAUGCCGGAAGAGCGGAUGUGCUCUGGAGACCCGGGCCAGCCCUGGCCACACCCCAGGCUGUGUCACCUUCGUCCUGAAUGACCAAAGUAUGGCCUUCACUGGAGAUGCCCUGCUGAUCCGAGGGUGUGGACGGACAGACUUCCAGCAAGGCUGUGCUAAGACUUUGUACCACUCUGUGCAUGAGAAGAUCUUCACGCUUCCAGGCAACUGUCUCAUCUACCCGGCUCACGAUUACCACGGGCUCACGGUUUCUACUGUGGAGGAGGAGCGGACUCUGAACCCACGGCUCACCCUCAGCUGCGAAGAGUUCAUCAAGGUCAUGGACAACCUGAACUUGCCCAAGCCACAGCACAUAGACGUUGCUGUUCCCGCAAACAUGCGCUGUGGGGUCCAGACUCCACCUUCCUGACUGAGGAAGCCAGCUGCUCAUAUCCGUUAAGAAUGGACUAGGUGGGGGAGGGGAGGGAGUGACCCCUGAGCCCCCCCCCACCCCCGUCAGCACUUAAGCAUCUUAAAUAAACUCCACUUUAGUUUUGGCAUAAA